AUGUUCCAAAAGAUCGAAGCAGACGGCGGAGACCACGGAGGCUUCAUGGAUCACCUCGACCCCAACGUGAAGGUGGAGGUAAUGGGUCACGACCAUGAGUCCAAAAACACUCAUCACAACCACAAAGCCGUGGCCGACGAUUUCUUCGGCCAGUUCGAGUGGGCGGAUUGGGAUUCGAUGAAGACCCAAGUCCAGCAGGUGAUUGGAGGUGACUCGUCCCCAUGGGCAUCGGUGGAGCUUGUCCUCAGUGGCAAGUCCAAGAAGGGAAAACUGUUCAAUCAUGAGUGUUGUCUCAUUGUACACUUCCACGACAAUGAGAAGAUCGAUAACGCCCACGCCUACCUCGACUCCAAGCACCUGGACGAUCACCACAGCCACCACCGCAACAACUAA